CGCCGAGAAAACCGAACAAUUUGCGGUACAUCCCGUUAGCGGCGUCGUUACACUUACGAGGCCACUCAGGUACAUCGAGCGGCCCAUGUACGAGCUGAGGGUCUUGGCCCGCGAUCGAGGCGCCGUCUAUCGCAGCACAUCCCGGGCGAGUAGCGCCCGACUAACCAUCCACGUUCGCCAGGUUAAUCUCCACGCGCCCGAGAUAUCCAUUCGACAUCUGCCAGAGAUCGCGGAGCAUUCGAAUGCCGACACGUACGCGAUUGUCCGGGUCCACGACCGGGACACCGGGCUCCAUGGCGAGAUCGCCAGCCUCGAGAUCGUCUCCGGCGAUCCCGAGGGUCACUUCCGCGUGCAUCCUCUGCCCCAGGCCGGCGAGUACGGUAUUCAGGUACUGCGUCUCCUAGAUCGCGAGGCCGCACCCCGGGGCUACAACCUGAGUCUCCGCGCCAUCGAUCGGGGCACGCCACCCCGUUUCAGCUACAAGACUCUAGCCGUUCAGCUCGCCGACCUCAACGACAACGCACCCGUCUUUAGCCGCGAAAUCUACGAGGUGCGCGUGCCCGAGACCGCGCCCCCCAACACCCCCGUGCUCCGGCUCAAGGUUAGCGACGAAGAUGCCGGGCGCAACGCCCUCGUCUUCCUCGAGAUCGUCGGCGGAAACGAAGGAGGCGAGUUCUACGUGAACGCGGACACGGGCGUCCUCUACACGGCGAUCGCCCUCGAUGCCGAGAGCAAGGCCUUCUACACGCUCACGGUUUCGGCCGUCGACCAGGGUAAUGCCGGCAGCCGCAAGCAGUCCUCCGCCAAGGUGAAGGUCUACGUGGUCGACGCGAACGACAAUGAUCCGGAGUUCGAGCAGUCGGAGUUGCUCGUCUGGCUGGAUGAGAACGAGCCUCCGGGCACUAUGGUCGUGAAGGUCGUGGCCCGGGACCGAGACUCUGGUGAAAACGCCUACAUAUCCUACAGCAUCGACAACAUCGAGCGCGUCCCCUUUGAGAUCGACCAUUUCUCCGGACAGGUGCGCACGCGACAACUCCUCGACUACGAGAGCAUGAGGCGCGAAUACGCGCUGCGUGUAAGAGCUAACGACUGGGGCCUACCUUACCGACGACAAAGCGAGAUGAGCCUCAGGAUACGACUGCGCGAUGUAAACGAUAACAGGCCGCAGUUCGAGAGAGUCGACUGCACUGGACAAGUGGCCCGGGAUCUCCCCGUCGGUGCGGAACUUCUCUCCCUCUCGGCCAUCGACCUCGACGCCGGCGACGUCAUCAGCUAUCGCCUGGUCUCCGGUAAUGCCGACGGAUGCUUCGCCCUCGACACCACCACGGGUGUCCUUUCCGUUGCCUGCGAUCUCUCGGAUCUCGCUGCACCGGAGCGCAUACUCAACGUCACUGCCACCGACGGCACGCACUUUGCCGAUCUGAGCAGCGUACGUCUGCAAUUGGGAGCGACUCGCAGCGGCGGAUUCGAGUGCCGUGAGACCGGCGUCACCCGACGUUUCACCGAGGCAGUUGCAGCUGCCGAGCGCAGUAAUGCACCGACAAAGCCUCCGGAAGAGCCUCUCGUAUCCAGCCGUUAUGGCCAGAACAUGCACGCGCCCGAGUUCCUGGACUUUCCCAGCGAGCUGCGGGUGAACGAAUCGACGCCCGCGCACUCGAGACUCGCGAAACUAGUCGCCCGUGACCGGGACCUCGGCUACAACGGGCGACUGGUUUUUGGCAUCUCUGCCGGGGACGGCGACUCGGCCUUCGCCAUCGACGCUGACACGGGUGAGCUGCGUCUGGUGGGACGAUUGGAUCGAGAACGCGAGGCCGAGUAUUUUUUAAACGUGAGCGUCUACGAUCUGGGAAGACCGCAAAAGUCGAUCUCGAAAAUGCUGGCGGUGAGCGUGCUGGACGCGAACGAUAACGCGCCGCGUUUUGAGCGACCGCUCGCGCGCAUUCGACUUUCCGAGGCGACGCCUAGCGGCAGCGUUGUUUUUCGGGCCAACGCGACGGACGCCGACCUGGGUAAGAACGGCCAUGUCACGUAUGCCCUAUUGACCGACGCAGCGGAGUUUCAUCUGGACGAGAUCACCGGGGCUCUGAGUGUUCAGGGCCAACUGGACCGAGAGCGCCGCUCCAAUUAUGAGCUGCGAAUCCGGGCAACGGACGGUGGUGGACCCGAGGCUGCGCUUUGGUCGGAGGCGCUGUUGCGCGUAUCGGUGGAGGAUGUGAACGACAAUGCGCCACGUUUUGCUCUGCCGAGUUACACGGUGAAAGUACGCGAGGACUUGCCGGUAUGGAGCGUUGUGGCGCUUGUAACGGCAAUGGACGCGGACGAGGGCUCAGCCGGCGAAGUGGAAUAUGCCUUCGCCGACGAGCCGGACGUGGAGGCCUUCUUCGAGAUCGAUCGACUAUCCGGAGCGGUGCGCACCUCUCGCAAACUCGAUUUUGAAGAACGUCAACUGCAUACUUUGACGAUAAUAGGCAAGGACAAGGGCGAACCGGUACUUUCUUCCGAGACGAUCCUCAUAGUCGAAGUUGUGGAUGUGAACGAAAACUUGCACGCCCCUCUCUUCAAUGACUUUGUGACGUCAGCGAGCGUAUUCGAGAAUCAACCGGUGGGCAGUUUGGUAACUCAAGUUAGAGCUCGAGACGCUGAUCCCCCAGGAGGCGACUCACGGGUUGGUUACAGUAUACGUGGUGGCGACGGCGUGGGACUUUUUAGCAUCGACAAUGAAGGAAAUAUAAGAACGAAAGCCGUAUUGGAUGUUGAAGUAAAAGGUGGUUAUUGGCUAACAGUUUACGCUCAGGAUCACGGUGUCGUUCCACUUAGUUCGAAAUUAGAGGUGUACAUCGAGGUCCAGGAUGAGAACGACAAUACGCCACUUACCGAGCUGCCAGUCUAUUACCCAUCAGUAUUGGAAAAUUCGCCGGCAGGAGUAAGUGUACUCCAGAUGCGGGCUUUCGACCGGGAUGUCUCACCCCAACAUUUCACAUUUUCCAUCAGUAGCGGUAACCCCGAAGGUUACUUCCUCAUCAACUCGACGAGCGGUUUAAUAACGACUAGUGGACGAAAACUGGAUCGAGAGAACCAAGCAGAACACAUUUUAGAGGUGACGAUCCGGGACGAUGGGAGACCACCGCUGUCGUCGACGACGCGAGUUGUUGUCCAAGUCGAGGACGUCAACGACCACAGCCCCGUGUUCGAGGAAAAGUUUUACAUAGUUCAGAUUCCUGCCACGCCGGCUCUUGAUAAGACACUUUUCCAGAAAUCGGGAAGAGAACGGUCGCGGGAGUUGGACCUCUCGGUCGACGCGUUGCUUGAAAACGGAACUUGGGAGACCUUUAGCCCCGAUGGCCUGUCAGGGGAUCGUAUCUUCAGGGUUUUAGCACAGGACGAAGAUAUCGGAAAAAAUGGAAAAAUUCAGUACAGUAUUAAAAGUGGCAAAGGUAAAGGAAAGUUCAAAAUCCAUCCCGAUACAGGAAUGGUAUAUUCGCAAAAAGGUUUCGAAGCCGGCCAGGAAUUCGAUAUGAUCAUACGAGCUGCGGAUGAAGGUGAGCCACCGCGUAGUCACCAAGCAAGAAUUACAGUCCAGGUCGUAGAGACUCCGAAAGAAUCUUUGAAUGCUCCGGUAUUCAAAAGCGUCAACCAGAGCGUAGAGGUAACGGAGAGCGAUAACAUCGGAUUUUUGGUAGCCCUUAUGCAAGCAACUGAUAAAGACGGUGACAGUCUCUGGUACGACAUUAUUGCCGGAGAUCCACGGGACGAAUUUGUUAUUGGACGAGACAACGGCAACGUUCUACUGGCAAAGCAGUUGGACUGGGAGACGCAGAAUUCUUACAACCUGACGAUUUGCGUCACAGAUGGCAUCAACGAGGCACUAACCUACCUCCUAGUCAAGGUUAUUGACAUCAACGACCACCGACCAGAAUUCAGCGAGUCCACCUACCGUAUCGAAGUUUCGGAGAAUGUCGUGGAGAAGGGCGCCUCCAUACUCCAACUGCAUGCCGAGGAUCGCGACGAAGACAAAAAAGUGUUUUAUUCGUUGCACAACGCGCAGAACCAGGCGAGCCUCGAAAUCUUCCACGUGGACUCGUUAACGGGGACCAUCAGUCUGAACGAGGCCCUCGAUCGCGAGACCAUUCAGGAACACGUGUUAACGGUGAUGGUGAAGGACCAGGGCACACCGGCCAAGAGAAAUUACGCGCGAGUCCUCGUCACUGUCCACGAUCACAACGAUCACGCGCCCCACUUUAUAAGCGAGAUCAUCCAGGGCAAGGUCUUCGAGACCUCGCCUAUUGGCACCGCUGUCGUUCAGGUAAUAGCCAUAGAUCGGGACCGAGGUGAGAACGCCGAACUCACGUACUCGAUGACCUCUGGCAACGUCGGCAACGUCUUCUCCAUCGAUCCGGACCUCGGCCUCAUACGCGUCGCUCGCGAGCUCGACCUCGGCUCCGCCUCCGAGUAUAUCCUUCUCGUAAAGGCGACGGACCAUGGCUCUCCCGCACUCGCCAAUAGCAUACCCGUACACGUAAUGGUGACGAUGGCCGAUAAUGCGCCGCCACGCUUCGUCAGGAACGGCGCGGAGUUGGCUGCGGAAAUCUACGAGAACGAGGAGCCCGGGAGCUUCGUAAAGCACAUCGAAGCGCGUUCCACAUCGUCACUACAGUUCGAGAUCGUAGCUGGCAAUCCGGGUGACGUCUUCUUCAUAAACCCCAGCACCGGCGUCAUCAGCACCCAGGAACAGCUCGAUUACGAGAUGCUCAAGUUUUACAAUCUGACGAUUACUGCAACGAGUAUGGCCGGGGCGAGCGCGCACUGCAGCGUCAUUGUGCACGUGCUCGACAAGAACGACAAUGCCCCACGAUUUAUCCAGGCUGUUUAUGUUGGGCAGGUAAGCGAGGCUGCCAACAUUGGCUCCCUCGUCUUUAGUAGCAACAGUACGAAUUCCCCCCUUGUCAUUAAGGCCGAGGAUGCGGAUUCAGAGCUCAAUGCCCUCCUCAACUACGACAUCGUCGAGGAACUGCCAAGGAAAUACUUCCACAUAGAUUCCAGUACAGGCGCCAUUCGCACCGUCAUGCUCCUGGAUCACGAAACAAUACCAAAGUUUCAAUUUCAUGUGAAGGUCUCCGACCUCGGCAAGCCCAAGUUGUCGUCCGAAAGUACGGCCAAAGUGAUAAUCACCGUCACUGACAUCAACGACUGCUCACCUAAAUUUCAGCAAUCCGAUUACAACGUUACGGUUCUAUUACCAACUUGGAAAAACGUGGCUGUCUUAAAGCUGGAAGCUGUAGAUCUCGAUACAACUAACGCCCUCACCGCCCAACCAUCCUUAAGGUAUGACUUAAUAGAUGGAAAUCAAGGACACGCUUUCCGUAUAGACUCCGACAGUGGUGUGCUGACGAUUAACAAUCCCGAUCUCAUAAAGAAAAACUAUGUGCUGCAUGUGAGAGUUUCCGAUGGCAAGUUCUCGAGUAUUGCUCAAGUCAAUAUCAACGUCGAAAAAUCCGAGAAUUCGGGCCUUGUAUUCCAAAAGGACAUGUACGAAGGGACUGUCUUGGAAAAUUCAACGAAAAUCACGACCGUGGCGGUCUUGAAUGUUUUAGGCACCGCGUUAAACGAACACAUAAUCUUUAGUAUAUUGAAUCCUACGGAACUGUUUGUAAUUGGGAUGACUUCGGGUGCUGUUAGUACAACGGGCGUACGCUUCGACAGGGAAGCUUGUGAUAAAUAUGAACUAAUAGUCGAAGCUAAGAGUCAAGUACCCAAACAAAGAGUUGCUCACGUUAUCGUUAACGUCACAGUUUUAGAUAUCAACGAUAAUUGUCCGAUUUUCGUUAAUUUGCCAUAUUACGCCGUGGUGUCGGUGGAUGCUCAGAAAGCUGACGUCAUUAUGAAGGUGCAUGCUAUUGAUUUGGAUAGCGGGGACAACGGAGAAGUCCGAUAUGAACUGAAAAAGGGCCAUGGCGAGCUUUUCAAAGUUUGCCGAAAAACUGGAGAAAUAUCGUUAAAACAAAAUUUGGAAGGCCAUAAUCGAGAAUAUCAACUGACCAUCGCUGCAUACGAUGGAGGUAAACGAAGUAUUAGUGCUUGCUCGGUCGAAGUGCCAGUCAACAUUAAAAUCAUCGAUCGCUCGAUGCCAGUUUUCGAUAAACAAUUCUAUACAGACAGCGUUCUCGAAAGUAUCGAAGUCCACUCGCCUCUUGCUCUCUCCAUUCAAGCCGAAUCGCCCUUAAAUAGAAAAUUAAUUUACAGUAUUACGAAGGGCAACGAUUUUGAAGAAUUCGCAUUGGACUUUAACACAGCCAUCGACAGUAGCAAUGGUCCUUGUGUAAUUUAUGUGGUGGAUGAGCUGGAUUACGAGAAAAAAAAACAGUACGAGCUUACGGUACGCGCGACAGACAGCGUCUCCGGCGUUUACGCCGAGGUCCUCGUCUCGAUCCUCGUGCUUGACGUGAACGACUGCCCGCCGGAGUUCAGCCAAGACUUUUACAAUAUCUCGAUCUCGGAAGCGGCGUUGUUUGGCACGGAACUGCUGCGCCUCAUCGCGCGCGACAACGAUACCGGGGUGAAUCAGGAGGUGCGCUACGCGAUCGAGAGACAAACCACGGAGGAGCUCGGUGACAAUAGUUCCGAUCUCUUUCACGUGGAUCCCGAUGAGGGCAUCGUUUAUCUGAAGCGCUCGCUCGAUCACGAGAAUGCGGAUUCGCACCACUUCACGGUCGUGGCCACCGACCGGGGCGUCCCGAGUCUCUCCAGCACCGCGCACGUUUGGCUCAGCGUUGUCGACAUGAACGACAAUCCGCCCCGAUUCGAGCAGCCCUCCUACAGUUGCACUUUGUCCGAGGAAGCCGAACGCGGACAGUUUGUCACAGUGCUCACGGCAUCUGAUCCGGACGCUCUCGACGUUAAACUCAUCUACACCAUCGUCGGAGGAAACGACCAACAGACCUACAGUAUCGAUCAAAGCAGCGGUGUCGUUACUCUCCUCAACAUGCAGAACUUCGCCGAGCAAAAGAUGAGCGUCCUAAAUGUAUCGGUGAGCGAUGGUGUCUACACGAGCUUUGUCAGACUGAAGAUCGAGAUCUUACCGGCGAACAAGCACUCGCCCAAGUUCCCGAAUCCCGUGGUCGAAGCGACGCUUUUGGAGAACCAACUGCCUGGGAGAUUAGUAGCGCGAGUCCUCGCGACCGACAAGGACUUUGGCGAGUACGGUGCUAUUUACUACUCGAUUGUCUCCGACUAUCUCACGGAGUUGUUUUCCAUUGAUCGCGAGAGCGGUGAAAUCACAACAAAGAAGCUCUUCGACAGAGAGGAAAAGAAGCUAUACGAAAUACCGGUGAUGGCGAGCGAUGGAGGCAGCAAGUCGGGCUUCGUCAUCGUGCGCGUGAAAAUCAUUGAUGAAAAUGACAACGCACCUGUGUUCUUACUUAGGGAGUAUAAAGCCUGCAUACACGGCAAUUUGAGCCUUAAUUCGAUAUUCCUAAAGAUAAGGGCUCAAGACAUCGACGAGGCUGACUCGGCGAGAAUCGAAUAUUCCAUUUUUGAGCCUCAGAAUUCAAAGACGAAGAAUAUUUUCGGCAUUAAUCCGGAUACCGGUGCACUCUUCCUCAAAGAGAAUCCAAAACCUUGGGAAAACCAAUUGUUUCAACUUUUUAUCCGAGCGCAAGAUAGAGGAGUGACCUCGCAUCAUAUGGACGUGCCUUUGGAUAUUUACAUAAUGGGUCCGGAGGAUGUGCCACCGCUCUUUGAAAGAAAAGACGACAAAUUCUUUGUGUCCGAGUCAUCAACGAUUGGGACACCGAUCACACGACUAAAGACCGUCACGAAUACGAACGGCACAGUAAGUUGUCGGCUGGUCUCCGCUGGUGAAAACUUCCCAUUCUCCGUGGACCCAAAGACCUGCCGCGUGUACUUGUCAGCAAGCCUAGAUCGCGAAAUCAAGGACAACUACAUGAUCGGCGUUCUGGCCGAAACGGACUCGAGUCCACCGCUUACCGCCCUAGCCGAGAUAAGCCUACAGGUUCUGGAUGAAAAUGACCACGCGCCGAAAUUCGAAAGCAACCCGUACAGCAUCGCCGUCGCCGAGAACACCGAGGAGGGUACAUCGAUUUUGAAAGUCAUCGCACACGACAACGAUCUUGGGAGCAACGGGGAAGUUCGAUACUCUUUCGGCUCCGAUAUCGGCGAAUUAGCUAAUGUUUUUACGAUCGAUGCUUACACUGGCUGGAUUUCCACCUUAGUGGAACUCGAUAAGGAAAAGCAACCGGAAUAUAAACUCCAGGUAGUUGCCACUGAUAACGGGAAUCUGCGCCAUUUUGCUCGGACUUCUGUGCUUAUCAAGCUAAAGGACUACAACGACCAUCCAUCUUCGUUCCUUCAAGGUGAAAAGGGAUAUGAAGCGACGGUGAAAGAAGAUGCAUUGCCAGGAACUGUAGUGGUCGAGAUAACGACCGUGGAUAAAGACGUUGACCUGAACACACCGCUGGACUUUUACAUAACAUCUGGUGAUUCGCGUUCCCAAUUCUCAAUACGAUCGACCGGACAGGUUUACGUGGCCAAAGCCCUCGAUCGAGAGACGAUCGAUCGCUACAUACUGACGAUCAUGGGCACAGACGGCAAAUUCGUUUUUGAAACACGCGUCACCGUUCAGGUACUCGACGUUAAUGACAAUCCACCCUAUUGCCUACGAUAUCGCUACAGGGAAAUAUUGUCGGAAGGUUCGCAUCCGGGCAGCUACGUACUGACGGUCCUCGCUACCGACUACGACGAUGAGCCAAACGCCAAGCUACGCUUCUACUUAACGGGCGAGAAGAACGAAAAGUUCUCGUUGGAUAAGGAAACCGGUAUACUGAAGACCGUCGGGCAGCUCGAUCGCGAGAGUCAAGCGAAAUAUCUUUUGACGGCUCACGUUCAGGAUCGUGAUAAGCCCAUGUGGGAGUGUUCGUCACAGCUUGACAUCGUCAUCUCGGAUCUCAAUGAUAACGCGCCCCGUUUUAACAUGCCAUCUUAUACGGCGAUGUUGCCCGAGGACGUGGAGGUGGGUACAUUGGUAACGAAAGUGCACGCUACGGACGACGAUAUUGGCAUCAACCGAAAGAUUCGUUACGAGUUUCUCGACUCGGCGAACGAUCACUUUGUCAUUGCCGCCGACAGUGGUAUAGUGACCCUCGCCAAGCCCCUCGAUCGCGAGACCAAAGCCAUGUACAAUCUGAGCAUUCAAGCGGUAGAUCAGGGUAUACCGCGACUGCACAGUCAAACCUUCCUCAUCGUCAACGUGCAGGACAUCAACGACAAUCCUCCCGAAUUCACCUCCAAGUUCUAUUUCGCGAGAGUGCCCGAGAUCGACGCGGUCGGGACCGAGGUUGCCCGAGUCCUCGCCACCUCCAAGGACACCGGCGUCAACGCCGAGGUGUACUAUACCAUCGUCGGUGGUAACGAGCACAAAAAGUUCCAAAUAGACACGAAGACCGGCGUCAUUUCCAUUACCGAGCAAUUGGACUACGAGAGGGCCAAGGAUUACUUUUUGACCAUCCAAGCCAUCGACGGCGGAGUUCCACCACUUACCAAUCACGCCACGGCCAAUAUUACGGUCUUGGACAGCAACGACAAUCCGCCUGUAUUCAGUCAAACGUCCUACCGGGCCUCGAUACGCGAGGAUGCCAAGAAGGGUGAAAAGAUUUUACAGGUAUUUGCAAACGAUGUGGACAGCAACGAGAACGGUCUAGUCAAUUAUUCGAUCGAGCGGGGCGACCGUCAAAAGCAAUUCGCCAUUAAUGCGGAAAGCGGCGAGAUCUCGGUGCUGGCGCCUCUCGACCGCGAACUGAUUGCCAAUUACGUCUUGGAAGUGCACGCCCGUGACGGCGGCGUGCCAACAAUGUCCAACUAUGUAAUAGUGAACGUCGAAAUCCUCGACGCCAACGACAAUCCGCCGAUGUUCUCCCAGACCAAUUACACGAGCGUCGCGCAAGAGGACAAGUCCCCGGGCUACGCCGUUUUAAAGCUUAUCGUGAGUGACGCGGACGCGGAGCCCAACGCCGCUCCUUACACCUUCGACUUCCGCUCGGGCAACGAGGGCGACGCCUUCCGGCUCGAGCAGGACGGCACGCUCCGCACUGCCAUGAAAUUCAGCAAUCGGGUGAAGGACAAAUAUCUGCUGCACGUUCGCGUCUUCGACAAUGGCAGCCCACCCCUAUACUCCGACGCCUGGGUCCUCGUUAAAAUAAUCGAGGAGUCGCAAUAUCCACCCGUCAUCACCCUCCUCGAAAUAAACAUCAACUCGUACAUGGACGAGUUUCCGGGCGGUAUAAUCGGCAAGGUACACGCCUCGGACAAGGACCAGUACGACACCCUGCAUUACAGCUUGGUACCGACGUCGCCGUUACGGCCCAAUACCGAUCUCUUUCAAAUCGACAAGCUCGACGGCACGCUCGUCGCUCUGCCGAGGCUCGACAUUGGCGAGUACCGCGUGAACGUCAGCGUGACCGACGGCAAGUUCAAUUCGUUCUCGAUCGUCAAGGUGACCGUGGACCUCGUGAGCGACGAGAUGCUGGAGAACUCGGUGAUCGUGCGCUUUCGUGAGGUGAGCCCCGAGGACUUUGUGCUCAAGCACCGCAAGGGCUUCGUGCGCACGGUGCGCAACGCUAUGAACUGCCGGCUCAAGGACGUCGUAAUACUGAGCGUCCAGUCGUCCACCGACGCCGAGAUCAACGCGAUAAAGCCCCGAGCCGCGAGGCUCGCGGUUGUGCACAACGACCUCGACGUACUCUUCGCCGUGAAGAAGUCGAACCCGAGCGACCUGUACACCUCCGAGAGCAUACGCGAAGCCCUCAAUCAGCGCGUCGAGGAGCUCGAGGCAUCGACGAAACUGGUCGUCGAGGAAAUCGUCCGUUUUAAGUGCAGCAAGGGCUACUGCGUCUACGGCGACUGUCACGACAAGAUCGUCCUCGACACCCAGCUGAUCAGCCCCAUAGCCACGGAUGUCGUCAGCUACGUCUCGCCGAGGCACCGUCACCGCACGGAGUGCACCUGUAAGGAGGGCUACGCCGGAACUCAUUGCGAGGUCUUCGUCAACGAAUGCGCUCGAGGACCAUGUCCCCCCUUCAAGGUGUGCGUGCCCGACUCGUCGGUCCAAGGCUACUCGUGCCAAUGUCCCGAGGGCUUUGCUGGUCAGACCUGCGACAUCGACAUUUCCAAGUGCCACGACGAGUCCUGCUACAUACCCCGAAAUCCGAUAUCCUUCGGUGGUAAAAGCUACGCCCGUUACAAGAUCGACAAGAUGCUCGUACGACAAACGAUCGAGAAUCGAUUGAGCCUCACGCUGAGAGUCCGAAGCGUACAGCCGACCGGCUGCCUCAUGUACGCCUCCGGCAAGAUCGACUACAACGUCCUCGAGAUGGUGAACGGCGCGGUGCAGUAUCGCUUCGACCUGGGCAGCGGCGAGGGCCUCGUGCGCGUCAACAGUUUCUACGUGAGCGACGGCCAGUGGCACGAGAUACAGCUCGAGCGCGAUGGCAACAGCGCGACCUUGACCGUCGACGGCAAACACCUGGCUCACGGCUCCGCGCCGGGCGCCAACGACAUUCUCAAUCUCCAAUCGGACGAGCUCUAUCUCGGCGCCGAAGUACGCCAGCACCCGACGAUCCUCGGCUUCGAGGACGUGCAGCGAGGUUUCGUCGGCUGCAUGGACGACGUGCGGAUCGCUAAGCUCUCGGUGCCACUGCACAUGAGCGGCUCCACGAACAGCGUCGUCGUACUGAAACGCUUCGCGAACGUGGAGUUUAGCUGCGAGGCGAGCACGGUCCUUGUGCCCCCCGGUGUUUGCGGCUCCCAGCCGUGCCAGAAUGGCGGUACCUGCUCCGAGAGCAAAUCCGAGGACGGUGGAUACGAGUGCCGCUGUCACGGGCGAUUCCGGGGCGCCAGCUGCGAGAUCGACACCGAUCCCUGCGCCUCCUCGCCCUGCCUCUACGGCGGCAGGUGCAGGCCCCUCCUCGAGCUCGGGGACUUUGCUUGCGAAUGCCUCGGUCCCAGCCUCACAGGCAAGCGCUGCGAGUUCGGCAGAUUCUGCAGCCCGAAUCCGUGUCUGCACGGCGGCGAGUGCGAGGAGGGCAACAGCGGGCCCAUAUGCAAGUGCCAGGGCUUCGCGGGCGAGCGCUGCGAACUCGACGUCAACGAAUGCGAGAGGAAUCCUUGCACGAACGGCGGCACCUGCCUGAACGAGCUCGGCUCUUACCGCUGCAUCUGCCCGCCCUCGAUGACGGGCCUCAACUGCGGCAAUCCCGCUGGCUAUACGACCGGCCUCAUCUCCAAUCACCUCAACAUCACUUGGGAGCAGCUCAUGUGGAUCGGCGUGGCGAUCCUCGCCAACAUCCUCCUCGUCGCGCUGUUCGUCACGUUCCGCAAGAUCCGCGGCAAGAGGACGCGAACGCGAGCCAACAACAUCAACAACGAGACGCGCAAGCAAAUGGUCCUGAACUCGGCGCGGCCUAACGAUCACGAGUUCAAGCGCAGCUCCAAGCUCAGCAACCUCGAGGUCGUCCAAAGAGAAUGUCCUCCCCAAUGUCCCCCCCGUCCCGCCUCUUACACCCCGUCGUCGAACAACGAGCAAGUGCUGCUCGGCUGCAGCAGCGCGGCUGUCGCCCUCAACAACCUCGACACCCUGCGCAGCUACGGGAGCGCCGGCGACGAGCUCGAGAACUUUCCCCCGGAUUACCUGCGAAACCUCAACCGCAGCACGGCCGCCGGCUGCCAACUGCCGAGCGUCAACGCGAGCAACGCCCUUCAGGCCGCGGACCUCGGACCCCUCGAGAAACCCAGUUGGCAGGAGCAGAUGCAGCUCGCCUCCUUCAUCAACGACGCCACCAAGAUCAAGAACGACCUGAAACGAGCGAGUCCGGUGGUACCAGAGCCGACCACCGGAGGACUUCUACUAAACUCAAUACGGCGAGUAACAACGCACGGAGGUGGCACCUCCAUAGCUUCGCUUUCGUCGAUCGAAGAUGACCCUCGAAUUGUCGGUGGUUACCACUGGGACUGUUCAGAUUGGGUCCGACCAAGUCAGAAUCCCUUGCCGAACAUCACCGAAGUACCGGGAAGCGAGGUACCGGAUUCCUCGAGUUUUCACAGCAACGAAAGUAACGAAUCGAAUACUCAUCAAGUGCCUGUGCUGCACGGCGCAAUGGAAGCGACGCGAGACAUCGAGACUCUGAGCGAAGACCAGGAGUCCGAGUACGUCGGUGACUCGGAGUGCGGCACCGAUCUCUCCGAGCACUACCACACGCAGAAGCACGAUUUCUCCGAGGGUCAGCGGCUUAACGCCCUAGACAGCGGAGGCGAAGCCGAGUACAAGUACAAGAGCUCCGAGAGCUACCUGAGGCACCCGAAUUCGUACCUACCCCAUUACAACAUCCACACGGACACGGACAACGAAAUAAUGGCGACGAUACCUCUGAACGGCGGUUGCCUUGGUACUCUCGUAUCCGACGAGGAGGAAGAGGAGGAGGACGAUGACGAGGAGGAGGAGGAGGCUGUCGAGGACGAGGAUGAGGAGGAUCAGGAUAAUGUAGUGCCUUAUGGUUUUCCGAGCGCGCGGCGCAACCGCUGCCCCCGCAAACGGGUCGAGGACGGCUUCGAGGAGAGGAACUCGCUCCUCGGCGGCGCUAAUAGCAAUAGCGAUCUUUCAACGAACCUCUGCGAGAUCGACGACUCCGAGUUCGAGAUCGCCCAGCAAAAGAGCAACGGCCGAGCCUGGCUCGCUGGCGGCGGCGGCGGUGGUGGCGGUUCUUAA